AAAUUGAAGGUAGUGCUGCUACAGUUAUCCAGGAGUGUUUCAGAAUAAUUCCGAAACGUGAGAUGAGAUAUUACAUCAUUGCUUUUGGUUAUUGUAAAUUAAAUCCAAUCUAUAAAGCUAAAAUGGCCUGAAAAAUGAUCAGCACCGGAUCUGUGCUUUAAACUGUCUGCCAUAUAGCUUGGACAUUGACCAUUCAGAUAUAUAGACUGCACACAUGUAUUUAAAGAAGGCUAGCAAAGGAAGAGGAUUACAUAUCAUGGGAACUCCUAGACUGUUUAAGCUUCCAUUUCUCUUAGAGCUGAUCUUCCUACCUCUCUUCGUAUCAUCUCAUCCAAAAGCUUUGAAAGACAGCUUAGAUCCUUCUUCAUUGCCUCCCAACUUUCUCUUCGGCACAGCCUCCUCUUCUUAUCAGUUUGAAGGAGCUUAUCUCAGUGAUGGUAAGGGUUUGAGCAACUGGGAUAUAUUUACACACACAUCAGGCAAAAUAAUUGAUGGAAGCAACGGAGACAUUGCUGUGGACCAAUACCAUCGCUUUCUGGAAGAUAUUGAUUUGAUGGAAACCCUUGGAGUCAACAGCUAUAGGUUCUCAAUUUCUUGGGCACGAAUUCUACCUAAAGGGAGAUUUGGAGAUAUUAAUAGGGCUGGCAUCAGCUACUAUAACAAGCUCAUCAAUGCUCUCUUGCUUAAAGGAAUUCAGCCAUUUGUGACGUUAACUCAUUAUGAUAUGCCUCAAGAAUUGGAGGAGAGAUAUGGGGGGUGGCUAAGCCCUAAAUGCCAGGAGGAUUUCGGAUAUUAUGUAGACAUAUGUUUCAAGUACUUUGGAGAUCGAGUGAACUACUGGGUCACCUUCAAUGAGCCAAAUCUACAAGUCAUAAAUGGCUAUCGCACCGGCGAAAGCCCACCGAGCCGCUGCUCCAGUCCUUUUGGGAAUUGCACUCAUGGGGAUUCAGAGAAGGAAACCUUUCUUGCAGCACAUAACAUAAUCUUAGCACAUGCAAAUGCAGUUCAUAUUUAUAGAACAAAAUACCAGAAACAGCAAGGAGGCAGCAUUGGGAUCGUCAUACAUUGCCCUUGGUUUGAACCUUAUAGUAAUUCCACAGCGGACAAUUUAGCCACUGAUAGAGCUCAAGACUUCUUAAUGAACUGGUUCUUGGAUCCAAUCAUCUUUGGAAAAUAUCCUGCAGAAAUGACGAAAAUUCUGGGGUCUGCUAUACCAAAAUUUUCAAGCAAUGACAGAGAGAAACUGAACAAGGGACUGGAUUUCAUUGGGAUCAAUCAUUACACUGGUUUCUACAUCCAAGAUUGCAGCUUUGUUGUGUGUAAACCUGGACAAGGAGGCUCCAGGACUGAAGGUUUAGCCCAACAAGUCCAAGAAAAAGAUGGAGUUCCUAUUGGCAAAUCUAGUGAAGUGGACUGGAUACAUGUUUAUCCACAAGGAAUGGAGAAGAUUAUAACAUAUCUAAAGGAGAGAUACAAUAACACACCUAUGAUCAUUACAGAGAAUGGAUUUGGCCAAGAGAGCUAUCUAAACCGCACCAUUGAAGAAUAUCUCCAAGAUAGAGAUAGGGUGGAAUACAUGUCUGGCUAUUUGGAUUCCUUGAUGACAGCAAUGCUGAAAGGAGCAGAUGUGAGGGGCUAUUUUGCCUGGUCCUUGCUUGAUAAUUUCGAGUGGGGACGUGGUUAUACAAGAAGAUUUGGACUUCACCAUGUUGAUUACACCACACUGAAGAGAAUUCCAAGACUAUCAGCAACUUGGUUCAAGGAAUUUAUAGCAAGAUCAUUAGCAACAUUUGGCUCUGAGGUGACUGCAAACCAAAUGCACAAAGCUGUCUAUCAAUGCAAUCGCUUUAUUACCAGUACAAAAAAUACUAACCAGGAUUCUGGAAGUCCAGAUCUCCCCCUAGCAGCUACCGUUUUGUUUUUCUCCGCAUAUGCAGAGAGCUUCUUAACUUUUAUGAGAGACUCCAAAGGAAGGGCAUUACUCAUCAGGGAGCUUCCUUCAAAUUUUCAAGUUAUGUUUCUUUUAGUCCUUAUCUUCGUUCCUCUCUGUGUAUCAUCACAUCCAGAAACUUUGCAAGAGAGUUUAGAUCAUUUUUCAUUGCCAGACAACUUUCUCUUCGGCAUGGCCUCCUCUUCUUAUCAGUUUGAAGGUUCUUAUCUUAGUGAUGGUAAAGGUUUGAGCAACUGGGAUAUGCAUACCCACACACCAGGAAAAAUAAUUGAUGGAAGCAAUGGAGAUAUAGCUGCGGACCAGUACCAUCUCUAUCCGGAAGACAUCGAUUUAAUGGACUCCCUUGGAGUCAGCAGCUAUAGGUUCUCGAUUUCAUGGGCACGAAUUCUACCCAGAGGGAGAUUCGGAGAUAUCAACAAGGCUGGUAUUAGCUACUAUAACAAGCUCAUCGAUUCUCUCCUGCUUAAAGGAAUCCAACCAUUUGUGACAUUAGUUCAUUAUGAUAUACCUGAAGAACUGGAGGAGAGAUAUGGUGGAUGGCUAAGUCCUCGAUGCCAGGAGGAUUUUGGAUAUUAUGCAGAUAUUUGUUUCAAGAAUUUCGGAGAUCGAGUGAAGUACUGGACCACCUUCAAUGAGCCAAAUAUACAAACUAUUAAAUCCUACCGAUCAGGUGAAUACCCACCAUGUCACUGCUCCAGCCCUUUCGGAAAUUGCACUCAUGGGGAUUCAGAGAAGGAGCCCUUUAUUGCAGCACAUAAUAUGAUUUUAGCACAUGCAACAGCAGUUGAUGUUUACCGAACUAAAUACCAGAAAGAGCAAGGAGGCAACAUUGGAAUUGUCUUAGAUUGCAUUUGGUUUGAACAAAUAAGCAAUUCCACAGCAGACAAGUUAGCCGCUGACAGAGCUCAAGACUUCUUCCUGAACUGGUUCUUGGACCCCAUCAUAUUUGGAAAUUAUCCCGCAGAAAUGUCUAAAAUUCUAGGGUCUACUUUACCGAAAUUUUCAAGUAAUGACAAAGAGAAACUGAAGAACGGACUGGAUUUCAUUGGCAUCAAUCAUUACACCAGUGAAUACGUCCAAGACUGCAUCUUCUCCGUUUGUGAACCCGGAACAGGAGCCUCCAGGACAGAAGGGCUUGCCCGGAGAAGCCAAGAAAAAGAUGGAGUUCCCAUCGGCAUACCUACUGAUGUGGACUGGCUGCAUUUUUAUCCACAAGGAAUGGAGAAGAUGGUUACCUAUAUAAAGAAGAGAUACAAUAACAAACCAAUGAUCAUUACAGAGAAUGGGUAUGGCCAGCAGAACAAUCCAAACCUCACUAUUGUUUGUCAUGAUAUAGAAAGGGUUGAGUUUAUGUCUAACUACUGGGAUUCCUUGUUGACAGCAAUGGAGAAAGGAGCAGAUGUGAGGGGCUAUUUUGCCUGGUCGUUGCUUGAUAAUUUUGAGUGGACAUAUGGUUAUACACAAAGAUACGGACUUUACCAUGUUGAUUUCACUACACUGAAGAGAACUCCAAAAUUAUCAGCUGCUUGGUUCAAGGAAUUUAUAGCAAGGUAUAAGGUAGACAAAUCACAAAUGUGAGCUGUGAUGAGGACUGCUCCCCCUUGAACACAGAAGUUCACUUUCCGAAGGAUAUCCCCUCUGUGUAGCUCAAUUGGCAAAGAAAAUCCAGCACAUAUUACUAAUAUGUGUUGACCAAGAAUGACUCUAGAAGCAAAAUAAAAUCUUCUGAGUUUAUUUACAGUAUCAGAGUUUGUUUACUGUUGCUAUUCUAAUGGCUAUCUUUUAUGUAACAAAAAAUCAGAUAUGCUUGGAGAAUAUCUUGCAAUUCUGUUUUUUCUUAUUGUAUAAAUAAACGUAUUGAAAUUCAAUAAAAGUUGUGUUCUGCAACAUCUACAAUAAGAAA